AUGUGGUUCAAGUUUGCCGUCGUGGCAGUCAAGCUUUCCGGCCCCAAAAAGGCCGCCCACGUCUUUUUGAAGCGCAGCUACAACGGCGGCGCGUUCGAAGUCGGCGACGCCCCGCUGGCGGCGUUCUGCCUGCCGCUCGGCGCGGACUCGCAGACGCCCAAAGACCGGAUGGCGCCGGAGGAGUACACUUUCACACUGACCCAAGGGGACGGCUCCCGGGUGCAGGGCUUCUGCCGACGCUUCCUGCCGCCCGCGCCGCGCAUCGGCAGCCGCCUGCGCUACCCGCAGGCGCUGGAAGUUGUCGAGCAGCUGCUGUGCCAGGGCGAGCUGCUGCUGGACCUGGGGAACGGGCAGCUGCCCGAGGGCUGCCUGGCGGGGGCGUUCCUCGCGUCGCUGGGGGCGCAGCUCUCGGAGCGGCCGCCGCUCGGCAGCGUGAUCAGGGUGGCGCUGCCGCAAGCGGCGGCGCCGCUGUCCGUCAGCCCCCCCAAGCGCACCAGCGCCGGCCCCGGCAGCGCCCCCGCCCCGCCGCUCGAGUUCUCCUCUGAGGCCCUGGAGCUGCAGAUCCCGCCGGACUGCGGCAACGGGCAGUCCAAUGCAGGGGUCAGCCUCGCGCGCCUGCUGUGGCACGUCCCCGUGCCAGCGAUGGUCACACUCGUCGCGUCGCUGCUGAUGGAGCGGCGCGUGGUGCUGGUGGGGCAGAGCCGCGACGUGGUGUCUGCCGCGGUGUGCGCGGCGAACGCGCUGCUGUACCCCUUCAAGUGA